AUGACCCAGAGUGAUAUCGAAGAAUUAUUUAAAAGAGAAGGUCAAGCUCAUCUAUUCGAUCAUGUCUCCAAAUUGACUGCUACUGAAAAGGAUGAAUUUUACAAAAAUCUUUCUAAGAUUGCGGGAAGAAUCACACCAAACAAGCUACAAGAUGCAUACCGAAAAUCAUUAGAACACCUGCAAAACGAUGACAACGUAUCUGCCGAUAUUAAAACAUUACCAAAUACAUCAUACCAAUCAAUUAUUGGAAAUCCUAGUUUAGCCGAAGAAUAUUAUAAUAUUGGCCUAAAAUCUAUUCAGAAUGGAGAAGUGGCUGUCAUCUUAAUGGCUGGUGGCCAAGGUACUAGAUUGGGGUCGUCUAGUCCGAAAGGAUGUUAUGAUAUUAAUUUACCUUCUCAUAAAUCAUUAUUCCAAAUUCAAGCUGAGAAGAUCUGGAGAUUACAGGAGCUUUCUAACUGUAAAAAAGUGAUCCCAUGGUACAUUAUGACAUCUAAACCAACUAGAGCUGCUACCGAAUCCUUCUUUAUUCAAAAUAGAUAUUUUGGAUUACAAGAAAACCAAGUUUGUUUCUUUAAUCAAGGUACUUUACCGGCAUUGAACUCUACCGGUUCUAAGAUGUUUUUAUCUAGUCCAACGGAUAUUGUUCAAUCGCCAGAUGGUAAUGGUGGACUAUACCAUGCCAUUAAAGAGAACAAUUUAUUGGAGGAUUUCAAGAAAAGAGGCAUAAAACAUAUUUAUAUGUAUUGCGUUGACAAUGUACUUUCUAAAGUUGCUGAUCCAGUAUUUAUUGGCUUUUCUAUCAAAUAUAAUUUUUUGUUAUCCACAAAGGCAGUGAGAAAGAGAGACGCUCACGAAUCUGUAGGAUUAAUUGCUAGCAUGAAUGGUAAGCCUUGCGUAAUUGAAUAUUCCGAAAUAUCAAAGGAAUUAGCAGAAGAACGUGAUUCGGAUGGAUUAUUGAAACUAAGAGCUGGUAAUAUUGUAAACCAUUACUACUCUAUAGAAUUACUAGAGAAGCGACUAAAUCAUUGGUGUGAAAAUUCUACAUAUCAUAUUGCCAAGAAGAAGAUUCCUUAUUAUAAUAACUUAACUGGAGAAUACAUAAAACCAGAACAACCAAACGGUAUUAAAUUAGAACAGUUCAUCUUUGAUGUCUUUCCUGAGAUUCCUCUAGAUAGAUUUGGUUGUUUAGAAGUCGAAAGAUCCGAGGAAUUUUCUCCAUUAAAGAAUGGCCUAGGAUCUGCUAAUGAUAAUCCAGAUACUGCUAGAUUAAGCUAUUUAGAGCUAGGAACAUCUUGGUUGAUUAAAGCGGGAGCUACAGUUUCUAAGGAUAUGCAUGUCGAAGUUUCUAAUAAAAUCAGUUACCAAGGUGAAAAUUUAUCUCAAUAUAAGGGCCAAAUAUUUAACAAAGAUAAUACUUUGUUAGAAUUACAAAAUUCAAAAUUAUAA